AUGAUGGCCAAUUGUCAUGAUCUUGUUUUCUUCAGGUUUCCACUCCUGUGGCUGAUAAGUCUGUUUGCAGUGGUGGAAUACUGCUGUGCAGUUGCUGACCUGAAGGACUGCGAGGCAGCAGGCAGCAAGUGCCACCCUCAGGCAGAGUGUCUGAAGGUCAAGAACAACUUCACCUGUGUGUGCCGCAUGGGCUACCAGGGCAAUGGUCUGCUGUGCACCGACAUUGACGAAUGUCUCAGCGGCCUGCACGGCUGUCACCCAAAGGCCCGCUGCAACAACACCCUGGGCAGCUACAGCUGUGUCUGCCUCAAUGGAUACUUCGGAGACGGCACCAACUGCCAGGACAUAAACGAGUGUGAAAAAGAAAACGGGGGAUGCCAUGCUAGUGCCCUCUGUACUAACUACGACGGUGGGCGACAGUGCCAAUGUAAAGUUGGCUUUGUAGGUAAUGGCUUUCAGUGUACUGAUGUUAACGAAUGCGCUAACCAAAGGACCUGCCAUUGGAACGCCACCUGCACCAACAACCCUGGGUCUUAUGUAUGUACCUGUAAUGCUGGCUAUAAGGGCAACGGAAACUACCUGUGUCUUGACAUAGACGAAUGUUCAGAGACUCCUCAUGUGUGUUCUUCCUCACUCGGCUACAAAGGCUGUAAAAAUCUGCCUGGCAGCUACAGCUGCACGUGCAGCAAUGGCUUCGGAAGUAACGGGCAGAGCUGUGUGGACAUCAAUGAAUGUGCAAGCAACAUCUGCAGUCUUUAUGCAGACUGUGUAAACACCAUGGGCUCAUAUCGGUGUACCUGCAACAAUGGUUUUGUAGGAAAUGGACUGACAUGUGCGGACAUAAACGAAUGCAAUGAAGUCAAUGAAUGCGACCCCAAUGCUGUUUGCAUCAACAGGCUGGGGAGUUAUGAGUGCUCCUGUCUGGGAGGUUUUAUAGGGGAUGGCCGACUGUGUGAAGACAUUAAUGAAUGUGCAACGCCCAAUAUCUGCCCCUCAACCACUACCUGUGUCAACACUGGUGGCUCAUUUUACUGCGACUGUGGCACAGGCUUCAUCUUUAAUAACUCCAAGUGCAAUGACCUAGAUGAGUGUGUGGCAGGCCGCUGCAGCCCCUACGCAACCUGCACAAAUUCACCUGGCUCAUUCUCUUGCCAGUGUAAAGCAGGGUACAGUGGAGACGGCUUCACCUGUGCGGAUGUGGAUGAAUGCUCGCUGGUUAAGCCAUGCUACUCCAAUGCCCUUUGCGUUAACCUUCCUGGCUCUUACAACUGCACCUGUCGGGUGGGUUAUUCUGGAGACGGGGUGAACCAGUGCAACGAUGUAAAUGAGUGUCUGGUGGACAAUGGAGGUUGCAGAAACAAAGCUACAUGUGUCAACAACCAGGGUUCCUUCUACUGUCUGUGCAAGGCGGGCUUCAUCUUGGUUAACCGGACUCUUUGUCAGGAUAUAAAUGAGUGUAAAGAACUGAGCAAUCCAUGUGGAGUGAAUGAAGAGUGCAAGAACAUUGAAGGGUCAUUUGAGUGCCCCUGCCAGGUUGGUUACUACCGCCCUGCCAGCAACAUGGACUGCGUUGAUAUGGAUGAGUGUAAAAACAACCCUUGCCAUGUCAACGCCACAUGCCUGAACACCAUCGGGUCCCACACUUGCACCUGUAAACGAGGAUUCACAGCAAAUGGCACCCAGUGUGAAGAUAUAGAUGAGUGUUAUGCGGAGGGUACAUGUCACCCACGGGCAAUAUGCACCAACUUGAUGGGCGACUUCUUUUGCUCAUGUCAGAAAGGUUUUGAAGGUGAUGGCUUCUCCUGUGAGGAUAUGAACGAGUGCACUCUCUCUAACGCAAGUUGCCCAGCCUUCUCAAAGUGCAUCAACUCUCCCGGUGCUCAUGUCUGCUCAUGUUUGAAUGGCACAGUGGCCUUCAAUGACACCUGUGUGCCACCCAGUCCACUGUGUGACCCUGCCUGCCACAUUCACGGCCUGUGCCACCUUUCGUCUGCCAGAUACCAGUGCGUGUGUGACCUGGGUUACGUGGGUGAUGGGCUGACUUGCUCUGACAUAGAUGAGUGCCAGAGGGAAAACAUUUGUCCUGAAAAUGAUAUGGAGUGUAUCAAUGUCCCAGGAUCGUUUUCCUGUGUCUGCAAAAAAGGGUACACUCUCAACGGAACACAGUGUUUCGAUGUGAACGAGUGUGAGACAGGGCAGCAGGAGUGCAGUGAGUUUGCCCAGUGUGUCAACACAAUGGGCAGCCAUUCUUGCCUCUGUCUGAGCGGCUUCAUAGGUGAUGGGAAGAACUGUUCUGACUUUGAUGAGUGCCAAGUCCAAAACGGAGGAUGCCAUCCAGUUGCCAGCUGCACUAACACGCCUGGAUCUUUCUACUGUGCCUGUCCACCUGGCACGGAGGGCAAUGGCACUGACUGCCGGGAUGUGAACGAAUGUGAGCAGAACUCCACCCUGCCACACAACUGCAGUGUUCAGGCUUUGUGCCAAAACACAGAUGGGUCCUACAACUGCCAGUGCCAGGAUGGAUACCAGGGGGAUGGCUUUGUUUGUGAGGAUGUGGAUGAAUGUCAGCUGGCCACAACCUGCAGCAAGAACAUGAUUUGCAGCAACACCCCUGGCUCCUUCUCAUGUUCGUGUAUCUUGGAUGUGGUGUACGAUGUGGGCACAUGUGUGAGUGAAGAUACCUGCUUGAAUGCUAGUAGUGAAUGCCACCCACUGGCCAAUUGCCACUUACACCAGGGUUCCUUCUACUGCCAGUGCAUAGUUGGUUAUGAAGGAAGUGGCACUGAAUGCUGGGACAUGGAUGAAUGCGACCAAUCGCAAAAUCAAGUCUGCCCUGCCUUCUCCUACUGCUUCAACACUAAUGGCUCCUACAUCUGUGACUGCUGGGAAGGGUUUCAGGACAAUGGGACAAAUUGUCAGGACAUAGAUGAAUGUGUGACAGGGGACUUCACCUGCCCUGACAACAGUACCUGCGCUAACGUAGAGGGGAGCUACGGAUGUACCUGCGACCCAGGCUUCUCAGGCAAUGGCUCCAUGUGUAUGGACAUCAAUGAGUGCUCCCUUGGUCUAACCCUAUGCCCUAAUUUCUCCAACUGCUUAAACACAGUUGGAUCUUUUGUCUGUGAGUGCUGGGAUGGUUACGAAGACACUGACUGUGGGGAUAUCAAUGAGUGUCUCGUCAACUCAACCUGCCCUGAGCAUAGCACGUGCAUCAACACCAAUGGAAGCUACCUUUGUAUAUGUGACAGCGGAUUUUCCAGCAUGGAUGACUUGUGUGUGGACAUCGAUGAAUGUAGUUACACGGAGCAGGGGGAGCUUUGCACCAAUGGCUUGUGUAUGAAUGCUAUUGGCUCAUAUUACUGUGAAUGUAUCAAAGGAUUCUGGAGUAAUGGGACAGAGUGCCUGGAUGUAGAUGAAUGCUCAGCCUCCCUCAACUCUUCAGUGUGUCAGCCCCAUUCUACAUGUAUCAACAUGCCUGGGUCUUACCAUUGCCCCUGUAAUGAAGGGUUUCUUCUGAAUGGUACAGAGUGUCAGGAUGUGGAUGAGUGUCACCACCCAGAUGGUCCACCUUGCCCUGAACACUCAUUAUGUAACAACACAGCGGGGUCCUUCUUCUGUCUGUGUUCUCCUGGGUACAAACCCACAAGCCUGGGCUGUGAGGAUAUUGACGAAUGCAAGGACAACACCACCUGCCGCUUUGACCAGGUGUGCGCCAACCUGCCCGGUGCAUACAACUGCUCUUGUCCACUGGGAUACCACGAGGAGGAACUGGCGUGUGUCGACACCAAUGAAUGUGAGAACUCACCGUGCCACCCUUCUGCAUGGUGCUGGAACACCCCUGGCUCCUUUUCGUGCCACUGCCCUCUGGGCUUUGCAGGAAAUGGCUCGUGGUGCAAUGACGUGGACGAGUGUGUCGCCCUGACCAAACCGUGCCACCUUCAAGCUCGCUGCCAUAACACCCCAGGGUCAUUUGUGUGUGUUUGUAUUCCCGGAUUCGUAAGUAUGGGGCCGCUGUGUGUAGACUUUGAUGAGUGCCAACAGCCUAAUAAUAACGGGCAGUGUCACUCUGCUGCCACCUGCUCCAACCAUGUAGGAGGAUUCAAAUGCUCUUGCGGUCAGGGCUGGAUUGCUACCAAUAAAGACAAUGGUCGAGGAAAAGGAGGAUGUGUGGACUUGGAUGAGUGUGUGUCACUCAUGGCAUGUCCUGGGCAGACAUCUUGCACCAACCUGCCAGGGUCUUACAGUUGUUCCUGCCCCCAAAACAGCACAGUGUGCAGCGAGAUGACUCUAAAGGAGAGCAACCUGUACCCAUUUGGAGAAGAGGUUGGUGAUAAAGGAGUAAUGAUAGACAUAGAAGAUGGAAAUUCCCCGUACAUCACACCACCGAUUGGUUUCCCCUUCUUGGGAACAGUGUACAACCGGGUUUAUUUUUCUGAUAAUGGUCUUGUCCAGCUUCAAUCUGUCGCUGAGAAUGAACAGUACCUGCUCCCGGCUCCUUCAGCCACCGGUUUCCCAAACAACAUGAAUGUGUCUCUAUUGGCGGUGUUUUGGGACGAUGCUGACCUCACCCACGGGGACGGACGGCUGUUCUAUCAGGAAUACCAUGAGCUGCAUAUGUCAGAUGUCUUCUCGCAGAUAGUGUUUAAUCGUACAGCAGACGAAGUGACAAAGUUUGAGGAGCUGGCAAGCAAGCCUGCCUUUACCCCGUCCUGGAUCCUCAAAAUCACCUGGGACCACGUGAUGCCCGUCUCCUACCAGAAGAUCAACUUCUCAGAGACGAACACUUUCCAGUGCAUCCUGACCACCGAUGGAGUCCGUUCAUUUGCCCUCCUGCGAUACGGGGACAUGAGCUGGGGUCCUGGCCAGAGGCGAUACCACAACGCUCUCAUCGGCUACACAGAUGGGAGAACCACCCACAAAGAACCCACUGUCCCUCCGGACAACCUCUUCGGGCCCGGGGGCCGAUACAGGCCCCAGCAGAUGAAAGGCACCAUGGGGAAGUUAGGUCAGCUGGUGUAUGAUUUCUCGGGACCAGCAGGGUCAGACGUGGAUCCCCAUAUAAAGUGCCAGGCGUGGGCGAUGAAGGAGCCUAACCCUGCGCAGUGGACAGUGGGGCUGUUUUCAUGUCCCUGCACCCGCACCCAGGUUCUGGAGGACCUGUCGUUCCUGCAGGACACCACUGAUCCGGGUUCAGUGGUGAAGAAGCUGAGGGACCAGCGGUGGGGGGGCGCAGGGGGCCACAUCUUCAAGUCUGUCCUGUCUAACAGACACGGUUCGGGGAAGAGGUGUGUGUAUGAGCUGGACGGGCCGUUGCUGGCUGGAUACAAUGAACGCUACUUCUCCGGGCAGAGCUUACAGAAACACAUCGACGAGGAUCUCCUGCCGUUCCAGUGGUGUUGUAUCCAGUCUCCUCUGUGCCACCUUUACCUCAACAAGAGACCGCUGGACCGUUGCCAGGGUUACAGCUGGGCCAGCCCCGACGGCUACACGCCGGCCAAGAAAGCUACGCAGGGCUUAGCGAUGGUGUACGGCAGUCUCCAUUUCAUCACCUUCGAUGGGACGGAGUACUCCUUCAAGGCCCUGGGAGAGUUUGUGAUAUUGCGUCUCUCCUCCACCACCGGCUCUAAUAUCUUCACCCUGCAAGGACAGACCAACAGGCUGCACACAGAGGAAAAGGGGAUCGUUGAGGUCCCAGUGGUGGUGCGCAUGGCUGCCUUCCACCAGGGCAUUGGCAAGAUUGAAUGGAGAUGUGCAGAGAAAGGAGACAGACUGCAGGUUUUUGUGGAUGAUUCUGAGAUCCUGGUCACAGUUGGUGUCGUGCACAUGGGUGAGAAGGACUUUGCCGUGCGCUGUGUGUCCCUGAAUCGCUGUGCAGUGGUGUACGCCAGCGGCCUCCAAGUGGUGGUGUGGCGGUCUGUAGGCCACAGUCAGCUGGCGGCCAUGGUGGAGGUCCCUCAGACCUUCUACAACCGCACUGUGGGUCUCAUGGGUCUCUGGAGCUCCAGACGAUCCGACGAUUUCCUCAUGUCCGAUGGCAGGCUCAUCCCCUCAGACCCCCCGUCAGAGGAGAGACUGCACGGCUUCGGCAUGUCCUGGGCGGUUCCGGCCCCAGAGAGCCUGUUAUUCUCUCCUUCUCCACUGGUUCCACUGGAGCCCGCCUCUACUGAACACCUGCUGGAAAGCGUCAGUCCUGCUGAGGUGGAGGAGCUGAGGAGAACCUGCAAAAGCAACAUGCAGUGUGUCCACGACAUCCUUGCCUCCGGCAGCUCUAACCUGGGCCUGCAGACUCUGGAUGCCAAGAAGCAAUUUCAAAAUAAGGCUCUGAUCUACGGGAACAUGCCUCCCAUAGUGACAGAGCCCACAGUGAUCCGCUUUAAAGUCAACUCCACUGUCAGCAUUCAGAUUGUGGCUCAGGACCCAAAUGGAGACCCCAUCACCUACUCACUGCUCUACCCCAGACCUCCUCGGGCUUCCAUAGGCAGCGGUGAGACACACACACUCACACACUUUCCCCUCAAAUCUUCAUGCUAACUAGAGCUCCCUCCUCCACCAAUGUUACAGAUGACGUUACUGUUGACA